UUGUCCACACGUUAUUCGACAACAACAUGGCGCCUGCUACGAAAGGUCUCACGGAUUUGCAGAGGGAAAUUUUUACAAAAAUCAGCCAGAAUGAAGUGAACGAGUUGAAGGCAUUAUUGGCGAAGAACAAAAUCAAGAUAGAUUUUGUGGAUGAGAAUGGAAUGAGCCCGCUCCAACAUGCCUGUUAUAAGGGAAACAAGGAAAUUGUGCAGAUGCUCCUCGAUCAGGGUGCAAAUGUGAAUGCCUGCCAACACGAACAUGCGUACACUGCUCUUCAUUUUGCUGCUUUAAGCGGCAACGCUGAAUUAUGUCACCUUUUAAUGUCGCACGGAGCACGUUUGACAGCAACGAAUAGUGUGGGCAGAACAGCUGCUCAGAUGGCGGCGUUUGUGGGAAAUCACAAUUGCGUAGCGACUAUCAAUAACUUUAUUCCAAAAGCUGAUAUAGAUUAUUUUAUUAAGCCGCAGGGUUUGCAGACUGAACCUAUGUUACCGCCGCAUUUAGCAGAUUGUUUCCAUCAAUUCAUAAUGCAAGUCAAUGUAAAUCCUGUGCGUGUAUGCAUGAAUUUACAGAAAUUUCCUGCUCUUCUGGAAAAUGCGGCAAAAAUACAAAAGGUAUUAGAAUCUAUGCGCUAUAAAGAAAUGACGCGAGGCGCUGAAACAAACGAAGUUAUGGCUUUUAAGUAUCAUUAUCUCAGUUGCGUUGUAGCUGAAGUGUUAAAAUGUCAAAAGCGACAAGAAGCAAUGAAGGCAGAAAAAAGCGAGAAUGAGGAGAGCGAAGAAAAGAAAUCUGACACUGUAGAAGUUUUGAUACGAAGAUUCCUCAAGUGCAGUAAGAUCGAUGGUUUACCUGAAUAUCAGGAGGCAUUUUUGCGAGAGUCCGUAAGAGAGUUUCCGUUUAGAGAAAGUACAAUUUUUCGCCAAAUGGUCGCCACGUUGGCUAGCACAGAUCCACCAUCCGCCGUUUCCGUAGUUUCCGCUGCGAUUAACGGGCAACGAGGCUUCUCCGAUAAUGCCCAGACUUGUGUAACUUGUGGCGAAGAUAAAGCUACCAAAAAAUGUAGCAAAUGCAAAGCGGUGCAAUACUGUGAUAGAGAGUGUCAAAGAUUACACUGGUUUAUGCACAAAAAGGCAUGUGCUAGAUUAGAUCCAUCUCUGGCUAAUAAUGGAAAGAUCACGGAUGUAAAUAAAGAACAAAUUAUCAAUGCUGUCAGUUCAAGAUUACAGAAUCUAGUUGUUAAAUAAAUAUGUACAGAUUUAAUAUUAGCAGUUGGAAUUGUUUCCAUCUGGAACACAUUAUAUCCCAAUUAUCAAGAAUGUUUAUUUUUUUCCUGUAAAUAGUCACUUUAUUAGGAUUGUUAUUCUACGUAGAAUUUUUUCAUUCUGUAUAGAAUUGAUGGGUUUUCUAUGAUAUAAUUAUGCUUGUCAUAUUAUGAAAGCUAUAAUAAUACUAUUAUUUUUAUGCAAUUAAAAUCAUUGAAACUUCAUAAGCAUUUUUUUAGCCAUGCAUUUAUAUUGACAUUUUUUCGAAUAUCUAUCCUUGACAAUCAGUUGUAAUAUUAAUGAGGAAUAAAACUGAAUGAGAUUAUAAUAAGUUUUUGGUCAUGUGCGCAAAGAUAUUCUGUUUAUUAAGAGAUUUUUAUAUGCAAAUUUGAGUUGCCGGAUUUUUUUUGAACUGACUGACUUUGAUGUGGUUAUAUAUAUAUAUAUAUAUACUUCGCUGUACUUCUGGACAGUAAUAUUGUGGCCAAACAAAUUAUAUGAAGAUAAAGAUUCACAUUAUAUAUGAUAUAAUAAGACAAAAUGUUCUUUUGUAAUAUAUAAAUGUAUUCAUACAUUUAUAUAAUAAAUUUGGAAGAGAUGCAUAAGAACAAAUACAUAUUUAUGUUUAUAGAAAAAUAUUUUAUCAUGUCAUAUUAUUGUCACAUAAUGUGAAUCAACAUUUAUUCUUAUCACGUAUCUAUGUGUGUUCAGUUAAAUAUAUCUGUUUGUAAUAUUUUAGAACUGUGUUUUUUGAAAAGCUUAUUGUGAUGAUUUAUUGUGACAAUUUAUUGUGACUUAUCUUUGCCGGAAUAAAGCACAUUUGCUUGUGA